AUGACACGACUAGUGGAUUAUUUUGUAGAGAUUGUAGCAGUUCCAGCAGAACAAAUGCAGCAAAGUGAAAAUCUAGAGCGGCAAAUUGUUAGACGAAUGCCUUUAAAUGAUCACAAUGAUUUUGCUUUACCCGAUGGUUUACCGUACUUUUGUAUUCCAGAGAGUAAAGCAUUCUUUAAUCCAUUGGUAUAUGAACGUAAACCAACAUUCUUUUCAUUUAUAUUAACGGGAGGAGAUGGUGUUCAUGCUUAUGGCUUUGCUCUUCAUUUUUUUGAAGAAUAUACAACUGGUGUUUCAGACUGGAGACCUCGUGUGUUGUGUCUGAUUUCGCAUUGCCCUUUUUUCUCGCUCUUUAAGGAAAUUGUCAGCUGGAUCUAUCGAAGUCGGUAUCAAAAGAUGCGACAUUCGCGCGUUCAAGCUAAAAUUGCUCAUGCAUGUGAGGAUUUUAGCUGGUUUGUCUCGCCACGACAUGUACCACUUGCAAUACUGCAAUAUGAGGAACACCAGCCUUUUAGCAGAGGAUCCAUUGAUCGAAACAAUGACUCAACUUUGGCUUGGGAUUCUGGUCGUGACAAGCAUCGAUCUACGAUCCGUGACAAUUGCUAUCAUAUUUUAUCGCAACUUUUACAGAUCAAAAGUCGGCCUCUUUCAGGAGAGGCCUUGAAUAUCCGGUUUUAUGGACAAGAUUUCUUUUGCUACCGUGUGCAGCGAGGAAAAGCUCUGCACUUGGAUGAUUAUUGUUUUCAAAUGCUGUUUCAGUGUUUGAGUCUGAAGAACGUUAUUUAUAUUAUUAAUUGCUUGCUUCUUGAACAGCGCGUCCUGGUCCACUCAAGUCAUCAAGGUUAUCUUACUCCAAUUUGCGAGGCGCUAUGUGCUUUGUUAUUCCCAUUUUGUUGGAAGCAUGUGUUUAUUCCGUUCUUGCCUGUGAAGUUGAUCGAUUACUUGCAGGCGCCAGUGCCAUAUUUUAUCGGAUUACAGACAAGUUCCUUGGCGACUAAAGUGGGAGCAGAAAUGUUUGCAUCAUGUGUCGUUGUGCACUUGGACAAAGACAAAGUCGUGUCUCCAAUUUUCUCGAGAGUCGACGACUAUUCUGUGGAUUUCGUCCUACCUCGAUUACCAUCGAAGGAAGUUACUGUCAUCCUAGCUUUGCUGGAACGUGUUGUUCCAAACCCUGUCGGACAUUCCUCUUCAAUUCAGAGCAACACGUAUCAUAUACCCGAAUCUCCACAGCAGAGUGUAAACGCAGUCAACGAGGUUGAAUUGACAUUUGGUGAAGGACCGCUUGGGAUUACCUUUGAGUCCACACACCUCCGUCUUCUAGCGGCUAGUAACUUUAAUUCUAAGCACCAGUUGGGUGGGUCUGCAGUCGUAAAGUCGUUACCGAGGCUUCGUAAUGGACUUGUAGGGCCAGCGGAGUGCUCAGGGCUAAUAUUCGCUGGAAGUUACCUCAUCGGUAUCAAUGGCCAGUCCACAUUGGACCUGACGUUUACAGAAACCAUCGACUACUUGCGCCACGCAAGCCGUCCAAUUUGCCUAAGAUUUCUGAACGCGAGGCUUCCUUACUGGAAUGCCUGCAAUUUUGCAGAGCGACUGCAAGCUUUGUCGUUGGUUUCUGCUUCGCAGGUUACAUUAGAGAAUCAAUUUCUAUCCUGGGUGGAUACGCUGCGUGGAGCCUUUGCUGCUAUGUUUGCAAGCAUGUUCUGUGACUACCAACGGUACAUUGGUGUACACCGUCAGGAAAAAGAAACCAUUACAUUUAGCAGACCGCAUGCACUCCCGUCACCAGAACAAUACGGUCGCUUGCGACGCCGUUCUUUUCCACUAGCUUCUUUUGCGCAGUUUGAUUACAGCGCUUUCUGCAGUGCGGUACCCUCCAAUCAGGCUUUUCUUCUGGAGUUUACACAGACACAAUGCUUUGCAGAUUUUGUGAAUGAGAGUGUCACCGGAACACGAGCUCGUGAUGCAUCCAGCCCAUUGAGACUUUUCCAUGAGUGUAUUUAUCUCAUUCGCGAAUCCAGCAAUGCGAGGGCGGCCAUCAUACUUAUGUUUGAACGGAAUGGUUUACCACUUAAAACAGCGGUGAUUGAUCUGCCAGUGGCAUCAAAGGAAGAUGAGUGUGAUACGAAAGCAUACUCGUUACGAAAGCAUGAUGCAAAUUGCUCCAGCAAGUUCAGUUCAGUUGAAGUGUAG